AUGAAAUACCUCUCUCACUCCAUUGCAGUAGCCCACUCUUUUACAGCUCUCACUCUCACUCAUUCAACCCCUCUCACUCAUUCUCUCCUACUCACUCUUUUUAUAACUCUUAUUCACUCUCUCACAACCUUCUCUUUUAGUUCGAAUAAGAAAGUUGUCAGAGUAAGAAUGAUAUCCCACUCUCUCACAGCUCUUACACUUUCACUCACUCACCCUCUCUCACUCAUCCUCUCCCACUCUUUCUAUUACUCUGACUUUCUCUCUCUCUCUCUCUCUCUCUCUCUCCCACAUGUCUUUCUCUUAUUCUUACCCGCGCUAUUUCACUCGCUCUCUCUCACUCACUCCAUGACUCUAUUCCACUCUUUCAUAAUCUCUCUCUCCCUCUCUCUCUCUCUCACUCACUCUGUUUUACUCCCUCUUACUAUCACUCGCGCUAUUUCACACAUUCUCGCUAUUUCUUUCAUUCACUCACUCUUUCACUUAAUCACACUAUUCCACUUCCUCUCACUCAUUCAUUCUCUCUCACUUUCUCACUUAUUCACACUCUUUCUCACAACUCUCUCCCUUGCUCUCACUCGCGCUCUUUCACUCAUUCUCACUCACUAUAUUUCACGCUUGCUCGCUGACUCUCUCCCUCCAUCACACUAUUUCACUCCCUCGCAAUCUCUCUCACUCUCUCUCUCUCUUAUUCUCACUUACUCACACAGACAGCCACACCCUUCACUCACUCUCUCUCUCUCUCUCUCUUUAUCACUCUCUUUUUUCAAACUGCUCAUCUCUAUCUCAAUUUCUCUGUAA